AUGUCUUUCUAUCCACUCGGAGGUUCGUCACAAACUGUAAAUCAGCAAAAUGUUGCCAUGGCCGAACAAGAAUUAGAAAUGGUUACGGACACAUUUUAUAGAAUUGUUGAUUCUUGUUAUAAAAAAUGUAUUCCGCCAAAAUAUAUUGAAGGUGAAUUAAAUAAAGGUGAAUCUGUUUGUAUUGAUCGAUGUGUCGCUAAAUACUUUGAAGCUAAUACAAAAAUUGGAGAAGCAUUACAAAAGAAAGGACAACAAGCAACUCCAGGAUUUGGUGUAUAA